AUGGUGGCCAAGGCAGCCUCGCUACACAGCACCGGCUUCCACGGGCUCCUUGUUCUCCCUGUGCUCACCAGGCUGGAGCUGGAAUGUUCCCUUGGCCUCCCCUCACCUCAGCUGCCCCGUGCUCCUAUCUGCUCCGUGGCUGACCGGGAAAGGACCAAGGGACAGCAGGACGAGCCCGCGGUGCCCGAUGGCGGCCGGAGCCCGCGCUGUCCCCGCGCUGUCCCCGCGCUGUCCCCGCGCUGUCCCCGCGCUGUCCCCGCGCUGUCCCCGGCACCGGCCCGCGGAGCGUCGGGCACAGCGCCGCAGCGCCACCCAGCGGCCCAGAGGAGGCACCGCCCCGGCCCCGACACCGCGCCCGCCCCGCUCCGUGCUGGGUCUCGGUUCCGAUSCCGGUUCCAGUGCCAGUCCCAGUGCCAGUCUCGGUGCCGAUGCUGGUCCCGGUCCCUGUCCAGGCACCAGUCCUGGUGCCGCUUCCUGUUUUGGUUGCACCGGAGGCCCGGGGGCGGUCCCGCGCGGGCCGUACUUAAAGCGGCGGCGGGCGGCGGUCCCGCCGUGCCCAUGGCUCUCCCGAGCGCCGCCCGGCUGCUCCGCGCCGCCGUUCGCCGGUGCGAUCCCCCGAGCCGCCCGCGCUCCGCGCCCGUCGCCGCCCCCCGCGGAUCUUCCCCGGCGGCGGCGGGCACAGGACCCCGGCCGGGGCCGCCCCCUCCCCCGCGGGGCGCGGAGCGGGGCUCGCCACCGCCCGCCGUGGAUUUCGGGGACCCGCGGGAGGCGUUCCGCAGCAAGAGCAACGCGGAGCUGCUGCGGGGGCUGGUGGUGCUGGGGCUGUGUGCCGUGGAGCCGCUGGUGCAGCACAACCGGGAGCUGCUGCAGUUGUGCCAGCGUGUGCUGGGGCAGACGCUGUUCGAGCGGCUGAUGAAGAUGACAUUCUAUGGGCAAUUCGUGGCCGGGGAGGACCAGGAGGCCAUCAAGCCGCUGCUCCGGCGGAACCAGGCGUUCGGCGUGGGCGCCGUGCUGGAUUACAGCGUGGAGGAAGACCUGGGCGACGGGCGCUCCCGCACCUCUGCAGCCGAGAAGGAGAUGGGAGGAACAGAGCAAAGGGAGAAGCAAUACCGAGCUCAGCAGGGAUUUGGGGAUCACCAUGGUGGUGCCCACACCUAUUUCUACGCUGAUGAGGCCAAGUGUGACCAACACAUGGAGACUUUCCUCCGCUGCAUUGAUGCCUCAAGUGGCAGCUCAGAGGACGGCUUCUCUGCCAUCAAGCUGACAGCACUGGCCAGACCCCAGUUCCUGGUACGGUUCUCAGAGGUGCUGGUGAAGUGGCGAAGGUUCUUCAACCAAAUGGCCGCAGAUCAGGGCCAGGCCGGGCGGGCAGUGCUGGACACGAAGCUGGAGGUGGAGAAGCUGCAGGAGGCACUGGCCAACCUCGGCAUCACGAGCAAGGCAGAGAGCCAGCAGUGGUUCAGGGGUGAGAACCUGGGCACCAGCGGCACUGUGGACCUGCUGGACUGGAACAGAAUGUUCAACAGCCGCAACAAGCUCUCCAGGCCCCUGUUCAUCCCCAACAGGAAGACUGGGCAGCUGGAGCCUCUGCUGUUGCGCUUCAGUGAGGAGGAGGASCUGCAGAUGAAGCGGGUGCUGCAACGCAUGGAUGUCCUGGCCAAGAGAGCCAUGGAGAAGGGCGUGAGGCUGAUGGUGGACGCAGAACAGAGCUACUUCCAGCCGGCCAUCAGCUGGCUCACAGUGGAGACGCAGCGCCGCUUCAACGGCAGCCAGCCCAUCAUCUACAACACCUACCAGUGCUACCUGAAGGAGGCGUACAACAACGUGACAGGGGAUGUGGAGCUGUCGCGCCGGGAGGGCUGGCACUUCGGUACCAAGCUGGUGCGCGGCGCCUACAUGGAGCAGGAGAGGGAGAGGGCGGCUGAGAUGGGCUAUGAGGAUCCCAUCAACCCCACCUAUGAGAAGACCAAUGAGAUGUACCACAGGUGCCUGGACUAUGUCCUGGAGGAGAUCAAGAGCAGCCGGAAAGCCAGCGUGAUGGUGGCAUCUCACAACGAGGACACRGUGAAGUUCACCCUGCGCAGGAUGAUGGAGCUGGGGAUCCAUCCCUCAGACAAGAAGGUGUGCUUCGGGCAGCUGCUGGGCAUGUGUGACCAAAUCACCUUCCCCCUGGGCCAGGCUGGCUUCCCCGUGUACAAGUAUGUGCCCUACGGGCCAGUGAACGAGGUGCUGCCCUACCUGUCCCGCCGGGCCCAGGAGAACAGGGGCUUCAUGCAGCGGGCGAACCGCGAGCGGGACCUGCUCUGGAAAGAGGUCAAGAGGCGUCUCCUGACGGGAACCCUCUUCAGCCACUGACCCCAGCCCCAGCCACGGGGCUCCUGUGCCUUCAGCCUGAACCACUGUCAUCAUUCCCCAUGCCAGCUGUGCUGCAGCUCCCCCAGCCCCCUUUGCCCUGGAGAAAAGUGUCCUUGUUGCUGUUGAACCACUCACACCUUCCACUGGCCUCUGGGCUSCCCCCAGCGAUGUCCCGUGGCUUCUCGAGCGGUCCCAGGGGAGGUGCUGGGGCUCUCCUGCCAGCCCGCUCCGUGCCUUGGUGAACCCUGUCCUGGGUUUUUAUCCCUGGCAGGAUUGUGCAGGGUGAUUUAAUCCACUUGCCUUGUACCACAGGCUCAGGUCCGGGUGGGUUGGGUGACUAGGGGACAAGCUGGCCUCAGCCAGAAGCUCCUCCAGCCUCUGUCAGGGUUGGAGCUUUGUCUCUUCUAGACCUUUGAAGGGGCUGGAUCAGUCCCUGUUGCCUGUCCCAGACAGCCACUACCUGCCUGCUCACUGGCUUUGCACUGACCAGAGCUGGGCAGGUCCAGCUCCCCCCUAUCCCCCUGGGCUAAGCUGCCUGGGGCUGUCAAUCCUCAGGCACACAUCCCGUGGAGCAGGAGGGGCCAGGGGAGUGGGCUGGCCCCAUCCCUGUGCCAUUCCUGYACUGCCCACGGUCCCUGGGCAGUGGGAGCACCAGGAGCUGGACCACAGCUCGGCUCUGCUGUACACUGGAUUUGCAGAGAAUGGAAAUUAUUAAAUCACAGCUGUUCCUCCUCCUGUCUCUCUCUCUGUUAC